ACAACAUAACAUUUCAGUGUGUGUGUGUUUGUGUUCGGUGACGAGAAUUAAACCUGUAUCAAGGGACUCAUGUCGUUAAAAUACUGACAUCAAGCGGAGUGCAAUCAAUUAGAUAUGUUUUCGUUGUGCAAGAAACCACUUGAUGUACCUGGUAGAUAGGUGGAUGUUUGGCGUUAUCCCCGGCUGUAGCACAUUAAGCAAAUCGGAUGGUAUCAAAAGUGAAGCAAUUUCGUGCAUGAUGCAGUUCAUCGACCCGUCGACGGGCAGUGUGUUGAAAUUUUGACAGCAUACAUAAACGUCAAAUACCCACAGUCUGCGAGCAUAAAUCCGGACACCGCCAUGUUCGAAAUCGCUCUCUAAACAAGAGCAGCGGAGACGACGACGACGUUUGUUGAUUAUUUUUCCUGGCUCGCGCAGUCCCGUUUUGCAAUUCCGUAAUUCAUACCGAUUGGUAAAUCAAAUUGUUUACUCGCUAAACGUGUGUAUUGUGUGGUGAAAUAAUACUGUUGGUUUCUGUGAUAAAAAGAACCGUCGUUUUUUGUGGUGCGGUGUGCUGCCAGAAGCUCUGUUGGCUCCAUUUCCCGUUAGUUUUCCGAUCAUCUCGGUUGGAGCUGAGCCAGGUUUUCUCGUAACCAAUUCCCAAAACAGCGAUGGACAGCGAUCGAGGUAUGUUUCAACAUCUUCAUCUUCUGAGGCAUAACAUUAUCAUCCGUAUGAGCGUAUGUUCCGGAACUCGACGAAGAAUGCAAAACGUAUACACUUUCGACAACGGGAGAUGGAAAACUGCAGAUAGUUACAACUUAUUUUGCUCCAGUUUUUCCUGUACGGAUUCGACGCCGCCCUCGUUGGUCACAUGGGUCCACUCUCCCCACAGGACAUGAAACCCGAUCUUAAACCGGACAUUUCGCUACUGAACGGAAGCGUAGGCCCAUUUUCACCCGGCAACAAUUGCGGCCCGGCUAGUCCCGGAGCGUUCAAUCAACAAGUUGCAGUAGCCCUCCAGCAGCAACAGCAACAGCAGCAGCAAAAUGUCAACAGUCAACAGCACAAUUCCGGGGGAGGCGGCGGUGGCGGUGGAGGUCCCACAACGCCCACCAACAUGAGUCAACAGUAUCCGCCUAAUCACCCACUCAGCGGCUCCAAGCAUCUCUGUUCGAUUUGUGGCGAUCGAGCCAGCGGAAAACACUACGGUGUCUAUAGCUGCGAAGGAUGCAAAGGAUUCUUCAAACGGACGGUGCGGAAAGACCUAUCGUACGCCUGCCGGGAGGACAAGAACUGCACGAUAGAUAAACGCCAAAGAAAUCGCUGUCAGUACUGUCGGUAUCAGAAGUGUUUGGCUUGUGGUAUGAAACGGGAAGCCGUUCAAGAGGAGCGGCAGCGAAGUUCGAAGUUUUCCAUCAAGAGCGAAGAAAUCAACUCGACCAGUUCGGUGCGUGAUGUUACCAUCGAACGGAUCCAUGAGGCUGAGCAGCUGAGCGAGCAAAAAAGUGGUGAUAACGCGAUCCCGUAUCUCCGGGUCGGGUCCAACUCAAUGAUUCCACCAGAGUACAAAGGUGCCGUUUCACAUCUCUGCCAGAUGGUGAACAAACAAAUCUACCAGCUGAUAGAUUUUGCUAGGCGAAUGCCUAACUUUACCAACCUCCAUCGGGACGAUCAAGUGAUGCUGCUGCGGUGCGGCUGGAAUGAGAUGCUAAUUGCUGCGGUCGCCUGGAGGAGUAUGGAGUAUAUCGAAACCGAACGUUCGCAGGAUGGCAGUCGGGUAUCGGUUAGGCAGCCGCAAUUGAUGUGUCUAGGUCCAAAUUUUACCCUGCAUCGAAAUAGUGCCCAGCAGGCUGGGGUGGAUACGCUGUUCGAUCGUAUCCUUUGCGAGCUCGGUAUCAAAAUGAAGAGACUGGACGUAACACGAGCGGAGCUCGGCGUUCUGAAGGGCAUUAUACUGUUCAAUCCUGACAUCCGAGGGUUGAAAAGUCAAAAAGAAAUCGACCACAUGCGGGAGAAAAUCUACGCCUGCCUGGACGAGUACUGCAAGCAGCAGCAUCCUUCCGAGGAGGGUAGGUUCGCGCAGCUGCUGCUGAGGCUACCUGCGCUGCGUUCGAUCAGUCUCAAGUGUCUCGACCAUCUGAACUUCAUCCGAUUGCUCAGUGACAAACAUUUGGACAACUUCAUUGUCGAAAUGUUGGACACACCGAUGUAAGUAGUUGAAAGAACCGAGACACAGACAGAAUGUUAUAGAUUAUGUCCCCCAUCCUCAUCACAUUGUUUUUUUUUAUGUUUCGUCACUAUUGUUAGGAUAUAGUUUCUACCUGCUGUAGAAAAAAAGCUUUGAAAUUAGGAAUCAUUUUAUUUCACGAAUUGAGAAAAAAAAAGAUCAACUAAACGAUACUAUGAAGUUUUAAGCAAAUUGUAGGACACAGUAAUUUAUGAACGAUUAAUGAUUAUAAGAUUAUAUUAUAUAAAUUAAUAUAAAUAAUGAAAAAAGGUGCAAAUAGAUUUUGUGAAAAAUCUAAAAAAUAUUAUUUAUAAAAACUCUGUUAGAAUGCAGAAAUAUGAGACGAAAGUUUAAUAUUAU